AUGCAACCUCUCCGAUGGCUAGGCAUCUUGCCCGGAGACCCCGAGAAGGGAAUGUGGGAGACGCGCUGUCGGAACCCAUUCAAAGUUGCAUCUAUCUAUGCAUCAUCGGAGAUUUAUUGUCACGACGAGGAGCGUCGUACUGGACUAACACAGUUGGCGAAACUAUGUCAGGAGGUGGGCCAUAGCGAAUUACUGUCAAGAGCUGCUGUUGCAGAGCAUCUUACCGAGGAGAGCAUCCGCAACAUGAGAAUUGUGGAUUAUUUGGAGCUCUCACGGGUGAACUACCAGAAUACUCCCGUUCUUCUUUCUGCAUCAUAUUUCAAUCGCAUGUUCGAUACAAUUGACUCUUGGCAAUUCGAGACAUGGUCACAUCACGCCUUUAGAUAUUUCCAAAUAAGCUACGUUGGGUACGCCUAUUGGGCAGGAAUUUUAUCACUGGGAGUCCUCUAUCGCCUAUAUGGUUGGAUGCUUCUUGGUCGACAGCAACACAUCGAGUCUGGCCUGGAGUCCACCAUAUAUCGCUCAAUCUGGCGUCGACUGUCAUUUUUGGAAUGCGUUGUUCAUUGGAUUUUAACACAUCUGAUUAUCCUGUCCCCGCUUGCUGGUCAAGGGCGGCGUUUAAUUGGUUGUACAUUCCCAUCGCGAGCAGAUGCACUUGCAGUGGGAGGCUUUUGGAUACUAAGUAUUAUCCUAAGUGUGGUUGGUUACCGAACUUUUCAGGGCAAUAUCUACUGGCCCGACGUCACUAGUCAGAUUCUACGCUAUUCAGCUGAUCGGACCGGAAUCAUGUCAUUCGCGAACUUCCUUCUAUUAAUUGUAUUCGCCGGACGCAAUAACAUAUUAAUCUGGGCCACUGGGUGGAGUUUUGCGACCUUUAACGUCUUUCAUCGUCAUGUGGCACGGAUCGCAACGUUUCAAGCAGUGGCCCAUUCAGUCCUAUAUUUCUAUUUCCAUGCACCAACGGCCGGGAGGGCCAUUCCAACCCAAUACAGACUACUAAGCGAUGCGACCGGGGUAGUCAACAAAUUAUGGAAGGAAAUCACCAAAGUUUAUAUCCUCUGGGGGGUUUUGACAUUUAUCCUGAUGAUUUUGGUUUUAAUCACUUCAUUGGAUCGUAUGCGUGCCGCGUCCUACGAGCUUUUUAUGGUAGCUCACAUUCUUUUGUCUGUGAUCACUCUCGUUGGCUGUUUCUACCAUACCAUUGUCUUUGAAGGGCACGAGUAUUGGGAGUAUCUGUGGCCAUCCGUGAUAAUUUGGGCAACCGAUCGCUGUCUGAGGAUCGUUCGGCUAGUUUAUUGUAACGUCCACGUUAGGCUGUCUAAGGGCAAGUUCAUAAAUGUCACAGAGUCUCGCAUGACAUACGACGAAGUAGCCGAUGUCAUUCGGUUGGAGGUCACCCCAGGAAUGCCAGGUUUACAGGCUAGGCCGGGAGACUACUACUUCUUGUAUCAGCCAUUCCGCUUCACCGGCUGGGAGAACCAUCCGUUUACUGUUGGAGCUUGGAGCUACGAAUCGGAUCCGCGUGGAGCGCCACUGGAAAUCGUUGGCAAACCUUGGGACUCUAUCGAUAAUUCUCAGCUUCCACUUCUAUCUGAGACCAUUUUUAGUCAUCGAAGCUUGGGCGGAAGGAAAAUGCCAUUUCAACAAUCUCUGAUCCCAAAGCUGACCUUCUGGAUUCGUCCCUACAAUGGCUGGACGCAACAGCUUCGCAAGCAAUGUUUGCGUGUGUCGAACCAACCUGUUCACACCACUAUGCUUCUCGAAGGCCCGUAUGGACACAACGUCCCUCUCUGGAGAUACGAAUCAGUGUUGAUCAUCGUGGGAGGGACUGGCAUUGCCGCCGCGGUGCCAUAUCUUCAUGAUCAUCUCCAAAGGUCUACCAAUCACUGGUCAGACACAUCGGAAGAAAAGUUACAAACCCGAGAGAUCGAAUUAGUCUGGACUACACGACAGCCAGCUUUCCUUCGUGACCUUGCCGAUCGUGAACUCAAACAGAUGCUUGACCGGGAAGACUUUCGUGCCUCUUUCUAUGCCACGGGAUCCUCGGAUAGAUUUCGCGAGGAUUGGAAUGCUGUUGGAUAUACAGUCCAGAUGGGUCGACCAAAUCUUCAGUCGAUAAUUCUGAGCCAUUCCUGUGAUACCUCUGCGGCUGGGAUGAAGUUAGCCAUUUUGGUUUGUGGACCAACUGGGAUGGCCGACGAGGCGCGUGCGGCAAUACACCUGGCAAGGCAACAAGGUUACCAGAACAUUGAGUAUGUAGAAGAGUCAUUUACCUGGUGA